CAAUACUUUUUGAAACAAGAUUAUAACAAACAAUCAAAUGCGGUUUCGAACUUUAUUUUGUUUUCUAGGAUUAUUUGCUUUAGCAACGGCUCAAGCCCUGCCAGCAACUACUACUGCUCUAAAAUUGGGAGAUCUCUUGGAAAGAAUCUCUAUACUGAUUCAGUUCAAUAUAUGUCCUUCAAACUUAUGUACCAAUAUAAACGCACAAAGUGGCAACAAAGCUGAUGGCACCAAAAUCGUAAGUGCCACAAGCGAAAACAUCAGUUCAGCAGCCAAUAAAAUUGUAGUGAUUAAUGGAUGCUUUGGUACUACAAACAACGUUGCCGCGGAGAGAUCAAGCGAUGUGAUUCAAUCUGCAAGUAGUGGUUGUACAACCAAUAACGUUGUAGCAGAAAGUGCAAAUAAUGUAAUUCAGGCUGUAGAAACAACGAAAACUGACAAUACAGUAGUUAGUGGAAGCACUAGUACUAAAGAAAAUGUUGCCACACAAAAGGAAAGCAAUGUUAGUGAAGCUGCAGAAACUACUAAAACUGAAAACGUAGUAGUUAGUGGAAGCACUAGUACUAAAGAAAACAUUGCCACAGAAAAAGAAAGCAAUGUAGUUGAAGUAGCAGAAACCACUAAAACUGAAAACGUUGUAGUAAGUGGAAGUGCUGAUACCAAAGAAAAUCUUGCUACAGAAAAGGAAAUCAUUGCAGUCCAAGUUGUAGAGCCUACUAAAAGUGAAAAUGUGGUAGUAAGUGGAAGCAUUGGUACUAAAGAAGACGUGGCCGUACAAAAUGACAGUCAAGUUAUUGAAGCUGCAGAAACUACUAAAACUGAAAACGUAGUAGUUAGUGGAAGCACUAGUACUAAAGAAAACAUAGCCACAGAAAAAGAAAGCAAUGUAGUUGAAGUAGCAGAAACCACUAAAACUGAAAACGUUGUAGUAAGUGGAAGUGCCGACAAUAAAGAAAAUCUUGCUACAGAAAAGGAAAUCAUUGCAGUCCAAGUUGUAGAGCCUACUAAAAGUGAAAAUGUAGUAGUAAGUGGAAGCAUUGGUACUAAAGAAGACGUGGCCGUACAAAAUGACAGUCAAGUUAUUGAAGCUGCAGAAACUACUAAAACUGAAAACGUAGUAGUUAGUGGAAGCACUAGUACUAAAGAAAACAUAGCCACAGAAAAAGAAAGCAAUGUAGUUGAAGUAGCAGAAACCACUAAAACUGAAAACGUUGUAGUAAGUGGAAGUGCUGACAAUAAAGAAAAUCUUGCUACAGAAAAGGAAAUCAUUGCAGUCCAAGUUGUAGAGCCUACUAAAAGUGAAAAUGUGGUAGUAAGUGGAAGCAUUGGUACUAAAGAAGACGUGGCCGUACAAAAUGACAGUCAAGUUAUUAAAGCUGCAGAAACCACUAAAACUGAAAACGUAGUAGUAAGUGGAAGCAUUGGUAUUAAGGAAAACGUUGCUACUGAAAAGGAAAGCAACGUAGUCGAAGCUGCUGAAACCACCAAAACCGAAAAUGUAGUAGUAAGUGGAAGCAUUGGUACUAAGGAAAACGUUGCUACCGAAAAGGAAAACAAUGUAGUCGAAGCUGUAGAAACCACUAAAACCGAAAAUGUAGUAGUCAAUGAAAGCAUUGGUACUAAGGACAACGUUGCUACCGAAAAAGAAAGCAACGUAGUCGAAGCUGCUGAAACUAUCAAAACUGAAAAUGUAGUAGUAAGUGGAAGCACUGAUACUAAAGAAAAUGAUGCUACAGAAAAGGAAAUCAUUGCAAUCCAAAUUGUAGACCCUGUUAAAAGUGAAAAUGUGGUAGUAAGUGGAAGCAUUGGUACUAAGGAAAACGUUGCCACCGAAAAGGAAAGCAACGUAGUCGAAGCUGUAGAAACCACCAAAACCGAAAAUGUGGUAGUAAGUGGAAGUGCUGAUACCAAAGAAACCACAGCUGUAGACAACGCAAGUACCGUAAUUAAAACCGAUGAAACUACCAAAACCGAAAAUGUAGUAGUAAGUGGAAGCACUGAUACUAAAGAAAAUGAUGCUACAGAAAAGGAAAUCAUUGCAAUCCAAAUUGUAGACCCUGUUAAAAGUGAAAAUGUGGUAGUAAGUGGAAGCAUUGGUACUAAGGAAAACGUUGCCACCGAAAAGGAAAGCAACGUAGUCGAAGCUGUAGAAACCACCAAAACCGAAAAUGUGGUAGUAAGUGGAAGUGCUGACACCAAAGAAACCACAGCUGUAGACAACGCAAGUACCGUAAUUAAAACCGAUGAAACUACCAAAACCGAAAAUGUAGUAGUAAGUGGAAGCACUGAUACUAAAGAAAAUGAUGCUACAGAAAAGGAAAUCAUUGCAAUCCAAAUUGUAGACCCUGUUAAAAGUGAAAAUGUGGUAGUAAGUGGAACCAUUGGUAGUAAGGAAAACGUUGCCACCGAAAAGGAAAGCAACGUAGUCGAAGCUGUAGAAACCACCAAAACCGAAAAUGUGGUAGUAAGUGGAAGUGCUGACACCAAAGAAACCACAGCUGUAGACAACGCAAGUACCGUAAUUAAAACCGAUGAAACUACCAAAACCGAAAAUGUAGUAGUAAGUGGAAGCACUAAUACUAAAGAAAAUGAUGCUACAGAAAAGGAAAUCAUUGCAAUCCAAAUUGUAGACCCUGUUAAAAGUGAAAAUAUGGUAGUAAGUGGAAGCAUUGGUACUAAGGAAAACGUUGCAAUCGAAAAGGAAAACAACGUAGUCCAAGCUGCAGAAACCACCAAAACUGAAAACGUAGUAGUAAGUGGAAACAUUGAUACUAAGGAAAACGUUGCCGCAGAAAAGGAAAACAGCGUAGUCGAAGCUGCUGAAACUACCAAAACCGAAAAUGUAGUAGUAAGUGGAAGUACUGAUACUAAAGAAAACGUAGUUACCGAAAAAGAAACCAAUGAAACCACCAAAACCGAAAACGUAGUAGUAAGUGGAAGCACUGAUACUAAGGAAAACACUGUUACCGAAAAGGAAAACAAUGUAGUCGAAGCUGCAGAAACCACCAAAACGGAAAAUGUAGUAGUAAGUGGAAGCACUGAUACUAAAGAUAACACUGCUGUAGACAGCGCUAGUAACGUAGUCAAAACCGAAGAAACCACCAAAACUGAGAACGUAGUAGUUAGUGGAUCUACUGGUACUAAGGAAAACAUUGUUACAGAAAAGGAAACCAAUGUAGUUGAAGCUGCUGAAUCCACCAAAACUGAAAACGUUGUAGUUAGUGGAACUACUGGUGCUAAGGAAAACGCUGCUACAGAAAAAGAAAGCAACGUAGUCGAAGCUGCAGAAACCACCAAAACCGAAAAUGUAGUAGUUAGUGGAAGCACUGGAGUUAAAGACAACACUGCUGUAGACAGCACAAGUAACGUAAUCAAAACCGAAGAAACCACCAAAACUGAAAACGUGGUAGUUAGUGGAAGCACUGAUACUAAGGAAAACGUUGCUACAGAAAAGGAAAACAAAAUAGUCGAAGCUGCUGAAACCACUAAAAAUGAAAACACCGUUGUUAGUGGAAGCAUUGAUAGUCAAAAUAAUGUUGCGGCUGAUAGUGCAAGUAAAGUAGUAGAAGCUGCGGAAAGUACUAAAACUGAAAAUGUGAAGAACACUGAAAACAAUGUUAAUUCUGGUAAAGUUGAAUUGGGCGACAAAAAUGUCUCUUCUGAUAAUACUGGAACGAAGAAUUCACAUGGUCAUUGGUGGGGUAAAUACAGAAGUGGCAGAAGCAAAAGUCGUAGCAGAAAAGAUCGAAGAUCAAGGCAUAGCCGAGGACGUGGCCGAGGACGUGGUACAGCUAAAGACGAAAAUGUAAACAAUGAUAGCACUGCUAUUAAAGACAAGACAGAUGAAGAAAAGAGUUUGAACAAAGAUUCUUCUACUGAUGGAACUGAAAAGAAACAAUCACGCCGAGGUCGUUGGGUUCGGUUCUGGGAGGAAAAUGAAGGCGAUGAAAAAGAAGACGUAGCUGAUAAAAAUGAUUCUUCUGAUGAAACUGAAAAGAAACAAUCACGCCGAGGUCGUUGGGGUCGCUAUUGGGAUGGUAAAAGUCGCAGACAUAGUAAAAGAGAACGAAAAUCAAGAAAGAGUAGUCGAGGAAGCAGACGUCGGGGAAAUAAUAAAAAUGCUGCAGAAAAGGAAAGCAACGUAGUCGAAGCUGCUGAAACUACCAAAACCGAAAAUGCAGUAGUCAGUGGAAGCAUUGGUAGUGAAGGAAAUGUUGCCACAGAAAAAGGAACCGAUGUAGUCGAAGCUGCUGGAGCUACUAAAAAUGAAAAUGUUAAGGAUAGUGAAAACAACACUAACGUUGAAAAGGAAGAGGCAAAUAACAAUAAUGCUUCUUCUGAUGAAACUGAAAAGAAAAAAUCACGCCGUGGGCGCUGGGGUCGCCACUGGGAUCGUAGAAGUCGCAAACAGAAUAAAAGAGAACGAAAAUCAAGAAAGCACUCACGUAGACGUGGGCGUCGCGACUCUACUAAAAAUGAAAAUGAAGGAAAUAAAGACAACGUUGCAGUAGAAAAGGAAAACAAUGCAAACAAAGCUGCAGAAAUUUCGAAAACUGAAAACACAGUAGUCAGUGGAAGCAUUGGUGCUGAAGGAAAUAUUGCCACAGAGAAAGUAAGCAGUGUAGUCGAAGCGGCAGGAGCUAUUAAAACUGAAAAUGUAAACGAUAGUGAGAACAAUGCCAAUGAAAGUGCAAAUGUUCAAAAGGGAGAGGUAAAUAACAAUAAUGCUUCUUCUGAUGAAACUGGAAAGAAACAAUCACGCCGUGGGCGCUGGGGUCGCCAUUGGGAUCGUAAAAGUCGCAAACAGAAUAAAAGAGAACGAAAAUCAAGAAAGCACUCACGUAGACGUGGGCGUCGCGACUCUACUAAAAAUGAAAAUGAAGGAAAUAAAAACAACGCUGCAGUAGAAAAGGAAAACACAGUAGUCAGUGGAAGCAUUGGUGCUGAAGGAAAUGCCGCAGAAAGAUCAAGCAAUGUAAUCGAAGUGGCAGAAACUACUAAAACCGAAAACGUAAAGGAAAGUGUAAAUGACAGCAACGCUUCUUCUGAUAAAACUGUAGAGAAACCAGUUGGGCGUUGGGUUCGUUAUUGGGAUGAUGGAAGUGGUAAACCUACUAAAAUAGAGCCACUUCGCUAAAGUUGAGCAUUUUUGAAUAAAACUUAUUUGUUUGUGAAUAAAAUAUAAAUUAAAUAAAAUAUUAAAUACAUGA